AAUCGAAAGAAAACUGAAAUCUCUUAAUGUCAAAACUAAUAUUCUGCAGUUCUAUGUACGGAUACCGGUUGUUGUUAAAAAAAAAAAAAAUCUAGUUUCCCUGUCCAAUUGUUGCCGUUUUUAUGCAAGAAUAGAAUAUCCACACAUUUUGAUUUUUCAAAAUACUCCCCCGCCCGUUACAUCUCUCUCUCUCUCUCUCUCUCUCUCUCUCUCUCUCUCACUGCUCAGCAUCAUCAACAUUUGAAAUCGAGGAAGAAAAAACCUAGAAAAGAAAUCCACAUCUACCGAUCUACCAUGAACCAGUACCAUAUCUACGAAGCAAUUGGUCGCGGAAGAUACUCGACUGUGUAUAAAGGUAGAAAGAAGAAGACAAUCGAGUAUUUCGCCAUCAAAAGCGUCGAUAAAUCUCAGAAAACUAAGGUUCUUCAAGAAGUUAGGAUUCUUCAUACUUUAGAUCACCAAAAUGUGCUCAAGUUUUAUUCAUGGUAUGAAACUUCUGCUCACUUAUGGUUGGUUUUGGAGUAUUGUGUUGGUGGGGAUCUACUUUCCAUAUUACGGCAGGAUAAUCAACUUCCUGAAGAUUCGGUUAAUGAUCUUGCUUGUUACCUCAUCAGAGCUUUGCAGUAUUUACAUUCAAAUGGGAUAAUUUACUGUGACCUGAAACCAUCAAAUAUCCUACUAGAUGAAAAUGGAUGUGCAAAGCUCUGUGAUUUCGGAUUGGCAAGAAAGUUAAAAGAGAUAUCAAAAGUUCCUUCUUCCUCGUUGCCUCAAGCAAAACGGGGAACACCCUCUUACAUGGCCCCGGAGCUUUUUGAAGAUGGCGGAGUCCAUUCUUAUGCUUCCGAUUUCUGGGCUCUAGGUUGUGUACUAUAUGAAUGUUAUGCUGGGAGGCCUCCUUUUGUGGGAAGAGAAUUCACUCAGCUUGUGAAGUCCAUCAUUUCAGACCCGACUCCGCCUCUCCCUGGAAAUCCAAGUCGACCUUUUGUCAAUUUAAUUAAUUCUCUUUUGGUCAAAGAUCCGGCUGAAAGAAUACAGUGGCCUGAGCUUUGUGGGCAUGCCUUUUGGAAAACCAAAUUCACUCCAGUGCCUCUUCCUCCUCAACCUGCGUUUGAUGACAUGAUAGAGCUACAAGCUAAACCAUUAUCAGAACAUAAUGGAGAUAAGUCUUCUCAAAACAGAACCCCUCCCAAAUAUCGUGAAAAAGAUGUGAAAGGGGUGCUAAAGAAGGAUGAAAACUCUGGUUUAGCAUCAAGAGGCAUUGAGACACCAACAAGAGCAACACCAAAUAGUCACAGAACUCAGACAAAGGGUUCUGGCAGAACACUGCAGAAAGAUCCUUCAAAUACUAAAAAAGGUUUGAAUCUUUUGAGACUGUCAAGAAUAGCGAAAUCAAAUUUACAAAAAGAAAAUGAGAAAGAAAACUAUCGACGCCCCUUGCCCAAUGGCUCUGAGAAGGAUGCCGAUGUUAAAAUUGAGAAUACUGACAUGGAACUUGAUUUUAAUGAGAAUAGUGAAGAGGAUGCACUUGAAGAAACUGAUGGUUCUGAACAUACACCUUCUGUGCCCGGUGCAAAAAUGGAGAAUAAUUUGCAGAAUCAAGGAAAAGCAGAGGACACUGAAAAUGAUACACACAGGUUGGACACUCCAUCUGUCACUACUCCUGCCUCAGAUGAUUCGAGGUCAUUUGAUCACGAGUCAACUCCUGACCGUUCUGACAUAUCUGCUAUUUCUCCAAGUGUGAGCCCUCUAGUGAAAAAACAGAGGCUUAAAGGAGACUUAGGAUCUGGCCUUGACUCUGAUUCUUCUAGAUCGUCUAACGACUUCUCCCAGGUUAUUUGGCACCCAUCUGAUCUCUCAGUCAGACCUGUAAUGCCCAGCAGAAAAGUUGACAAAGGCUCAGAAGUCAUUCCUUCACUUCCUUUUGAGGCGCUGCAAGCACCUGAUUUUGUCAAGAUGCCUAAAGAGCAAUUGGAGGCAGUCCAAAACCGAACUAUAGGCAUCUUGAACGGGAGUACUAGCAUUGGAGACAAACAGAAUGUGGUUAGGUACCUCGAGAUGUUGAGCAGUAAUGCUGAUGCAGCCAAUAUCUUGACCAAUGGGCCAAUUAUGCUCAUUCUCGUAAAGUUGCUACGUCAAUCCAAGGCAUCAGCUUUACGUGUUCAACUUGCUUCACUAAUUGGUCUGUUGAUUAGACAUUCUACUUUUGUUGAUGACAGUUUGGCUAAUUCCGGAAUUCUAGGUUCACUGACGGAUGGCCUUAGGGACAGGCACGAAAAAGUGAGGAGGUUUUCUAUGGCUGCUUUGGGUGAGUUGCUAUUUUAUAUAUCCACCCAAAGUGCAGACUCUAAGGAUAACACUCCGCUCGAAUCUCCAUCAAAGGAUAAUAGGACUGCGCAUGGUUGGCAGGUUCCAAAUUCAUUAAUUUCCUUGGUGUCAUCGAUAUUGAAGAAAGGUGAAGAUGAUAUAACUCAAUUGUAUGCACUGAGAACCAUUGAGAAUAUUUGCAGUCAAGGAGGGGUCUGGGUGGGACGUUUUACCAGCCAAGAUGUCAUUAAUAAUCUCUGUUAUAUCUAUAGAGCGGCAGGGAAACAGGAAAGCAUGAGGCUGACUGCAGGAUCAUGUUUGGUCCGCUUAGUUCGUUUUAAUCCUUCUUGCAUUCAGUCUGUUGUAGAGAAACUCUCUUUCAAGGACCUAGCUUCAGCUCUUAUCAAAGGAAGUCCACGAGAGCAGCAAAUCAGUUUAAAUCUUCUUAACAUGGCAAUGCUUGGAAGUCACAUGUUCACAAAUGUUGGAAGAUACCUUAUACAACUUGCUGAGGAUAAGAAUCUGAUACCCAGUCUUUUAGCUCUUGUUGAGCAGGGUAGUGAAGUUUUAAGAGGAAAAGCACUUGUCUUUGUGGCUCUCCUCUGCAAGCAUGGUAGGAGGUGGCUUCCCCAGUUCUUUUGUAGCCAUAAGUUACUUUCGGUGGUGGAUAGGCUGGGAAAAGAGAAGGAUGCCUUUGUGCGGCAAUGUUUAGAUGCAUUUCUGCAUAUUGUGGCAUCUACUAUUCCAGGUUUACUGGAUAUAAUAACCGGGGAUAUCCAGCAAAUGAUGGGAGGAAGGCGCCUUGGACAUAUCUCUUCCCUUACCAGCAGGUCUGCUCCAAAAUCCAACAUUCAUUUGUUUCCUGUUGUCCUUCAUCUUCUUGAAAGUUCAGCUUUUAAGCACAAAGUGGCGACACUUCCAGUACUACGACAGUUGGCAAAUCUGAUUAAACUCGUGGAGGCACCAUUUCAGGGAAGAGAUGACUUCCAAAUAACCCUUCUUCGAAUUUUAGAGUCUCUCACAGAGGAAUCUUCUGUCAUCCUUGCCAAUCCCGACAUUUUCAUUCGUGAAAUCCUCCCUAGUUUGACAGUUCUCUACAAGGGUAACAAGGAUGGUGAUGCCAGAUUUUUGUGCCUUAAAAUCUUUUUUGAUGUGAUGAUUAUUCUCUUGAGUGAACCAAUUGAAGAAGAGCAAAGAUUGAACGAUCUGAAAUUCGUAUCAAAUACACAUUUUCUUCCUCUCUACCCGACCUUGAUCGAAGAUGAAGAUCCUAUUCCUAUCUUUGCACAGAAGCUUCUUGUCAUGCUACUAGAGUUCAGUUUUAUUUCAAUUCCAGACAUUCUACAUCUGAAGACAAUUUCACAAUGCUUUGAGUUCUUGCUUGGUGAUCUGUCAAAUGCAAAUGUGAAUAAUGUUAAGCUGUGUCUUGCUCUGGCUUCUGCUCUUGAAAUGGAGUCCAAGUUACUCUCACAAUUGAAAGUUGUUAGGAGAAUUGGCAACUUUCUUGAGUUUGUAUGUGCAAAGGGUAUGGAAGAUUUGCUGGAGCCAACUCUUGGGCUGUGUAGGGCCUUUCUAGCACGUUCAGUCAGCUGUGCAAAAGGCUUCAGCCAGACAUCAGAACCAACUCUCUUAGGUGACUGUCCUCCAGAGGUAAGUGGCGCUGUUGAUCCCCAGCAAUGCAUAAGAGAUAUAACGGACUUUGGAAGCAACGUUGGUGUCUUCCUAGAGUUGAGUGCAUCUAGAGAGACCAGUGUUGCUGAUAUAGCUUCUCAGUGUGUGGUUUUACUGCUCAAGGCUGCUCCUAGAGAAGCCACCACUGGUCUGCUAACAAAUCUCCCCAAGGUCACUACGAUCCUAGAAUCCUGGAGUAAAGGAACCCCUCACUUGACAGUGCAAAGAAUGCUUCAUGCUUUAGGUUAUGCUUGCAAGCAGUACUUAUUGCAUGCCAUGAUAUUAUCAAUAUCAAUACCAGAGAUUACAAGAAUUGAAGUGAUAGUUUCAGAACUCAAGAGUUCAACUGUGCCUGCUUUAGCCAAAACCGCUGGUUUGGCAGCCUUGGAGUUGCAGAGGUUACCUCGCUGCAUUUGAAUUUGAAUAAUUGGUGGUAUCCUGUUACGAAUGUCCAGUUCUUCUUUGACAAUAUGAUUAUCCUAUACUAGUUAGUGGAAUUUGUAAAUCCACUUUACUCGUCUACCUAUAUUUUUCAGGUAUUAGUAAAUUCAUGAUAAAGGCUAAGCAUUUUGGUGAAUUCCACUCAGGCUUCACUGUACUUCUAUUUCAAGUAUGUGUACUCUGAAUCUUCGUGAACAUUCAUUCAUAUAUAUAAAUGAACGAGCUCCCCUUCCUAGUUUUUUAA